UUCUUGCAUGGAAGCCGCAACCAUACUUUGGGGGGUUUUCUUCAGCCACGGCUGAGUAGAGCAAAAUGUAGGCCUAGCGCCUAGGCCUGCUUGGUAGCUGUACAAAACCAUUGAUCUAGCAUGUCUAGUACGAAGAGCAGGCCAAACUGCUUACCUUUAAAGUUUUCUUCGAUCUUUAGAAAAUUUCAACUCUGGUAUAGCUGGCUGUUCGCAUUUAUCCGACAUGUGGAUUGUGUCACAUGGAGGGGAACUGAUUUCAUCCAUGUUCUCAACAAGUUUCCUGCUGAUGUCUUUAACAAGGGAACAACUAAAUGAAACAGGCCCGAGACUAUGGAAAGAGCUAAGGGGAUGAUAUGUAUGCCAUGGCUGCAAAGUAUGCUUUUGUGCAACCACAACCAGCCAUGGCGAGGUCGAACAACUUGGCCACACUUUUCAUCCAGGAUGUGUAACUGGCUUUGCAGAUCACUACUGAAGUUAUCCUUAUUUAUUCUUCUGGUUCUUCCCAAUGUGAGAAAUGUUUACGCUCGAGAUGUUAGACCUCAGGUGGAACACUACACCCCAAAUUACAAGUAUUACCAUAACAUUUCACAAAUAGGCAUUCAACUCAAACAGCUUGCUGCCAGAAACCCAAACUACAUUGAGGUAGACUUGCAGUACAAGUCCCGAGUUGGCAUUCCGCAAUAUGUCCUGCACCUGUCUAAUUUCUCCAGUACAAGGACAGAACCAGGGUUGUUCAGCAUCAACAUGGCAAAACCCAAGAUUUUAUUAUCCUAUGGGGAGCACGCUCGGGAGUUUUUCCCUGUUGAGAGUCUGUUCUACCUCCUCAACAACAUAACCCGUGGAUUGAGCGCACCGCACGGCUCCCCGGCGGAGAGCCUCUCGCGGCUGAUCCUUGGCCGUGUGGACCUGUACAUCAUCGCCAUGGCCAAUCCAGAUGGGAGGCGGCACGUGGAGAGGACCAAGAACUAUUGCUGGAGGGGAACCAGCGUUGGUGUGGACCUGAAUAGGAAUUUUGAUUGGAGCUUUGGCGGGAAGGGGAGCUCUGGUAACCCAAAAGAUGAGGAGUACCGGGGACCAUUUGUGCACUCAGAGCCAGAAUGUCAGGUUUACCUCGACCUCAGUGCUCAUCAUAACUUUGAUGCCUUCCUGUCUUUACAUUCAGGGAUCAAACAGAUAUAUUUACCCUUUGCAGAUGCAGAAUCGAAGAAAGCUCAUGCAAAGCCUGUCCACCUUGACGACCAGCUUGACCUGGCACAGAGAAUGGCUCAGGCUACCCAAAAUGCCUUUUCCUACGGUGUGGCUUACAACCUCAAUGACUAUCCAGCUGAUGGGACAGUGUUUGACUACAUGGCUGGGGUCAGAAAGGUGCCAUUUUCAUUUGCCAUUGAGUUAUGGGGUGAGGGAGACAGCAACAAAGUCAAAUGCUUUGACCUCUUCAACCCUUCCCAUGAGAACUUACAGAGUGCCCUUCGAGACAUCAUGCCCAUCUAUGAGACACUGUUUACAUAUAUGAUUCACUGGAAAGAGAAACAAGUCCAUAAGUCAUUUCACCAGGACGAGGUCCCUGAAUUUGGUCUUCCAUUUGGGUACAGCUUGGUAGCUAUCACCUUCUGCCUGUUUGUCGUGAUGAUCUAUAGACAAUAUAAGCCCUAUGGGUUUCACUUUUACCAACGAAAGAGAGUGGUUAGUCUUCGCUCCCUCAGCUCAACAUUUGCCUCAGCCAGUGGCAUCAAGAUGACAUAACGACAAGUAUUUAUGUGUCAAAAUGAGUCUUUCAGUAUACACACUUUGACAGUGCACUGUCAGUGAAGGCCAAGGUGAUAGUGAUAGAGGACGGAGUGCCUGCUGAUUGUCAUCGUAGGGUGCUGGUCACAUGGGCAUUAUUUAAAGUCUGGAUAAAGAUCUGUAGAAUCCUGCUGGAGCAAGAGUUGCCAUUUGCAAAGGAGACUGUUACCCAGAGAGGUGCCUGUUGUUUCAUGCAGACGACCCUCACAACGGGGGUUCAUGAGUUGUUGAGUUGUUUUGAGACUAAAACACUUUUGCCUGUAAGAAUCACAUCAUUGGCAUCUUCAUUGCACCGCUCAGCUUGUGCAUGUGUCUUAACCAUUCCAUCAAAUGAAACUGAUUUGGAUUUGUAAGUUAAGUUUCUACAGUCGCUGAUUGAAUCCUUUGGAAACAAUUAAAGUUGACAUGCCUCAUGGGAUCCCCGUUUAAAACACGUUGUGUGAGAGCCGGCCUCUGUGGAACCACCACUACUGUGAUCUCACUCAUUAGCAUAGAUCUUGAACUGAGAUGAGUGAAACUCCUGUCGGGGGUUGGUUGGAUGUGGCAGUAAGUUGUCCAAGGUGGCCUCUUCAGCUCUUUGGCUGGGGGAUAGAAUUGGGCCCAUGCACACAACACACUGCCAAUGAGCCACCAUACGGUACUGCAGCAAAUCACAGAGCAAGCACACAGAACUCAGUGUGUGUCCUGCUAUGCGUGCAUGCACAUGGUCUGCCCAGUCUUGUACAUGUACAAACUAUAUAUAUUUACCCGUUCACAUGUAAACUGUACAUGUAGUCAUGCAAUGCAAGGCAUGCUAAGAGCAGAACUUUCAUAAGUCAGCAGUGUGGUCAGAUGAUAUGGGAUGUUUAGAAAUGGCCUGGUAUUGGUGUCAAGGGACUAUGCAAUGUAAUUUCUUUAAUGCAGUCCUCAAAACUGCACCUUUGUGUCCAUUUUAAGAUUAUUUUCAAUCUUUGUUCUGCCAUUUAACUGUUAUUUUGGUGUCUUUUUUUUUGGUCAUAUGCUCAAAUUAAUUUCUGUAUUCAUGAGGAAAAUUGUGAUGUCAUCUUGGGCAGAAAGCUCCAUGUUGCAGCUAUUUGAGCCCCCCCCCCAUUAUGUUAGAUGUUUUGCUGUCAUAUUUUUUUCUUUAGUGAUUCAUCGUUGUGUAUUUCUGCAGUAAGUCAACAAGCAACCUUGAUUUACAAAAAUGAAAACGUCUUCCCACGAAUGACAUCACAGUAAGUGAAGUCAACAGCACUUUCAAUUGUUAAGAAUUACCUGUAAGACUUUUCAACGUUUAAAAAGGGCACUUCUGAAUAAUAACAACAAUGUCAAAUACAUGUACUUCGUAUAUAUUUAAGAGGAGUAGAAAGUCGCACAAAAUUUGUCAACUCAAUCAACUCAACUUUGAAAGUUGGAAUCAAAUACCUGUACUGUUCUAGUGAAUCACACCAUUGGAACCACUCUUUUGGCCAGUUUAUUUAGUGUGCACGAUUACAAACCCGAAUGUUGUUUAUAAUACGGCAUAAAUUUUGGACUUUCUGUACAUCAGGAAUUUUCAACAUAGUGAUAUAUUCAACUCAACCGAAGAUGGCCAAUGAAGAUUGGAAUAGUAAUCAUAUUUCCUUUUAUAGUCAAAUGUAUAAUAGUAUGAAUAGCAGUUUUCCUCAUUUUUAAAUCUGGCACAUGUACAUGGUAUCUCCGCACCUGAAUUAAAACCAACAAUUACAUUUUCCUGACAUGAGCGCAGGCAAAUAAACCUUUUACCUGCAUUCCUGUCAUUUUUUACAGUCUCUUGACUGCUGUUAUAUACUCAUAGUCAUGUCAGUGGAGGCGUUAGUGCUAUGCUUUACCCUGAUUGGUAAUAAUAGUUCUUAGGUCGCAAUGCUCAAUGAACUUCAAUACAGCCAGCCUACAUAACCCUGCUGGGCUAUUGUGUGCACUUUCUUACCAUAGAAAAGUUCAGAAUGGGUGCAGGGCCUGCUCCUGUGAGUGAGUUCACAAAGUUGAAGGGCAUCCUGGGUGAAAAAUGACAGUUGUCGUGGUCCAACAUAUUCACCCUAAUAAAUCUUGGCACCUAGAGAUUAGCAAGGGUUCUGAGUUGAAAUUUUCUCUAUGAUAGUCCAUCCAUUCACUGCACCCUCGUUUUGAAAGCAUGCAUGAUAAUGAUGGACAAAAGAUGCCAACCCUGGGGCAACACAUGCUGGCCUCCAAGGGUCUAUUUUAUUUAAAGAUGAGAACUAAAUAUUUUUAAAGUAUCUUUUGUUGAUCGAUGUCUUCACCCUAAUGGUCUUCAAUUCUCACACUGUUGGAGGAUUGAGGACCUUGAGGGUUAAAAAAGAGGGAUUAAAUCACCCCCUUUUCUGUGAAA